AUGGCUUUUAUCCAAUUCCUCGUUAUGGCUGCAUCCGCAUGUAUCGUGUUAGGUCAGCGACCUUUCUUCGCCGGUUCUCGACCAAUUGGAUACCCAGAAUUAGAAAACAAAACCACCACACCUGUUGACGAACUUGGAAAUCGAUUUGGCGAAGGAACCACGCAAAGGCUGCCCAUAGAGGCCCUUGGCGACAGGGACCUAGUUGAUAGACUCAGCAAGCUGCCAUUAGACAAGCAACCGUUCUGGUUCAUAAAUUGGCAAGCAAUAGAAGCUAACAGACAGAAACCUCAAACGUUUCCCUUAAGGCCGAACCCAUUUGCUCAACAGCCCAUUACCGGAUCCGGAAACUCUGUAAUAAGCAAUGCUAAUACGGUAGCAACGGAGAAUUCUGGGACGAGUACCGACCUAGGUAACCGAAGUGGUAAUGCUAAUGGAGAUAAUAGCACAGUGAAAACAAAUAGCUCUAGUAUAUUCACACCACAAUCACCACUAACUAAACCCAUCUAUGAGAGUAAUAUAAAACACUUCUUUCAUACAUCAUGGAAUGGAACGACUGGAUCAGGAAGGACUGCUAUCCCACAGUAUUAA